AUGGCUAUCGAUAGACAGACCCUUGUAUUUUUUAUAAUAAUGUUUAUAUUCUUGUCUUUGCCUUCGGGUAAUGAGCAACCUCAUUCGGACAAGGAUAGAGAAACGUUACAGACAUACCAACAACUGAUACGCAACUCUCUGUCAAUACUACAAAAUUCAACGUAUGCACUGGGGUACGGGAAUAUCACCGGGUACCAACUAUCGUACAAAGACCAGUUACAAGGCAAGUCAGUUGCUGACUGGCCAAUACACGAGUUUAGUCCGUCACAUCCGUGGGUGGAGAGCCAAGAGUAUUCUAUUUUGCCUGAUGAAAUUAGUCAGAGGGUGCGCAAGUUUUGGGGGAUUAGUCCUGUUAAGGACAAGGCAUAUUUGUUGAAUAUAUCUGGCAGAGCAGAUGGCGAGUUUCAAUUGAUAGAGAGCAAAGUAAAACCUACAAAAUUAUCAAUUCCAAAGUACUUAAAAGAGUAUUACAAGUCCCGGGAAAAUUCGUUUACCAGUGACGAGCCUACGGAAGAUAAUCGUGAAUACUUUAAAAAACCAAUUGAUAAAAAAGGGAAUGUCACCACUAAUGAAGGCGUUGUAUCGAUAGCAAUUAAAGGGUCGCAGUACAAUUUUGACGACCCAAAGCUUUCAAGAUUUGUUGGCCCGGAGGAUAAAGUUGAUAAUGCUAUUUGCGUGUCUAUGGAUUUGGAUAUUAAGGAUUACCCUGAAAUUGAAGAUCACAGCUUGGUGUUGAACGGAGUUUAUUUUCAAGAGACGGGGUCUUUAAUUGGAGUCACAAACUCUGCUAAGUUUUAUGGAAAUUACGGACUAAGUCACCUAACUAUGGGUGAUAAAAACUUUGCAAUUGCCAAAACACUUAUGACUCAGUUUAGUAAUAUGACUAAUGACAAUGAACUUACUAUGGAUGAUAUGAAUUAUGGUAUAGUCAAGGCACACGAGCAGUGCGAGUACAUUGCAUUUAUCCAAUUUGCGAAAACUAAUUUCACCCACGAACGGUUGCGGGAGAUAGACGAAGAGUUGGAAACGCCUACAGGUAGACCGUUACCUCAUGAAAUUCCAAAGAUUGUUAUUGAAGAAUAUCUACUUUACUCGCCAGAUUGUGGCAAAGUGUUGUCUCUAAAACCCGGAAGUGUGUUUUCCGGCAAAAAGACCGAAGUCACUCGAGCACAAAUGAGAAAUGUGUUAACUGGUAUAUUGGUGUUGGUCGGGUUUCAGUUAUUUUUGGUAUUGCGUCAGAUUAAAAAUGCCCAAACACCAGGACAAUUGUCGCUUAUUUCCAGCAAAACAUUGUUUUUACUUGGUUAUCAAGAUUCGUUGGUGGCAAUAAUGACAUUGUUGCUUUCAACCAUAACGGUUGAACUCUAUCUCAUCUUGGCAUGUAUUGCAACGAUCGCAUUUAUUCUGUGUGGUGUAUUUGAAAUGAGAUUUAUGGUCAGUGUGUUGACGACCCAGGCCAAUGAGAGAGGAACUAGUUGGUGGGAGAUAUUGCGAGGUGCCAAUGCUGAGCGUGAACAACAGGUACCAGAAGAGGGACCAAUCUUGCCAAUCGCCAACGAUCCACCACCACAAGAAACUGUCCCUAACCAAGCAUGGCAGGAAACAUCGUAUAGCAAUUCGAUAUUUGCUAGUGGGUUUUCUAUAACAAUUGUGUCUAUGUUUAUCAUCUUUUCGUCAUUGCAGUGGAGAAUACAGUAUAGAAAAGCAUUUGAGUAUGUGAGUUUGGUGUUUGUUAAUUCAUUUUGGGUGCCACAGUUUUUCAGAAACACUUUGAAGAACAGACGCAAGUCGUUCACCUGGGAAUUUGCUUUUGGGACAAGUGUAAUACGAGUCUUGCCUAUCUACUAUUUUGCCUUGGUUAAGGGUAAUCCAUUGAGACAUAGAUAUGACCCUAUUUUGUGCAUUGUUGUUAGUGUGUGGCUUGGCGUGCAAUUAUUGUUGUUAGUGUUGCAGAAUCAAUUUGGGCCAAGGUUCUGGAUUAAUGAAAAGUGGUUGCCAAAGGCUUACGAGUACCAGAGGUUGUUGUCGAUGAAGGAUUUACAAGAGGAAGGGUUUUCAAGCGAGCUACUUGAGAACUUGAAAACAACAAUGAGCCAACUGGAGGACCAAGAUAUUGUUACAUCUCAGUGUAUGUGUCCAAUAUGUAUGACCGAUGUGGAUUUGCCUAUACUGGUGAAAGAAGACAAACUUGAAGAAGCAAAAAGAAAGGUAAACAUCAAGGGGUUUAUGAUUACACCGUGUCAUCACAUUUUUCACACUGAGUGCUUGGAAAACUGGAUGAAGUAUAAGUUGCAGUGCCCUGUAUGUAGAAAGAGCUUACCGCCAAUAUAG